AUGUCGUUAGAAGCAUUCUACAAGCCAUUGGAUGAAGCGCGUAGCUGUAUAAAUGAAUGGCUUACCAAAGACGCAGAACAAAUACCAGAAUUGGAUGAUUUGAUUAAUUCAUCCGCAAGCACCUCUUACACACUCCCACCUUCCCCUUCCUGGAACGCGUUCGUUAAGCGCAAAACUAUCCACCUCCCAGAUAGCCUGUUCGAGCAAUACAACAGACUGCAAUGCCGUUGCUUCAUGGGCUUGUUCCCAGAUAUCGACAGAGCUUGGAUCACUAUAGACAACAAGCUCUACUUGUGGGAUUACGUCGAUGGCAUUGACUUUGCCUCGUACGAAGAUUUACCAGAACUCAUAGUCACCGUUGGUCUCGUUAAGCCAAAGCCUGGCGUCUUCGUAGAAACUAUCAAGCAUUUACUCGUAAUUUGCACUUCUUCUACCGUGUCUUUGUUGGGUCUCUCUGCCGCUCCUUCCCCGUCCAGGGAGCUGGCUCUGUACUCCACUGGGAUAUCCGUAAACACGGAUGGCGUCGAUAUGGUCUCAAUUACUAGCACCCAAGACGGUAGAAUCUUCCUCUCUGGUUCUGACAGUUGUCUCUACGAACUCAACUACCAAGCUGAAGAAGGCUGGUUCAAGAGUCGCUGCAGCUUGUCGAAUCACUCUGCCUCCCCUAUUGCUAACUUUGUGCCUACGUUCCUCAAGCAAUCUUCUACUGAUCCUAUCAUUGGUUUGGCCAUCGAUGACGCCCGGAAUUGCCUCUACACACUCUCUUCAAACUCCGUUAUCGAGCUAUACCACCUUGGUAAGGAUGGCCACGCUACUCAAAAGGUCGCAUCCGCUUCUGAAAUCGCCAGACAGGCUGCCAUGCUCUGUCCCGGUUUCCCUCAGAUAUUAGAUCAGCGCACUUUCUCCAUUAAGCGCAUUUUCGUCAUUUCACCAGCAGAGUCCUCGUCUGUUCACUUGAUGGCUGUUACUUCCACCGGCGUCAGACUCUACUUUACACACCAUCGUCGCUCAUAUGGCUUUUACAUGACCCCUUCGCCCUCUGCCGCUCCAACUGGUCUCGAAUUGCUCCACGUCAGACCUCCUCCUCAGUCCACCCAGCCUAAUCAGAACACUAUUAAGAAUCUUAUCAGCUCCGAUUCUAUCUACUACGGUCACGGUUUGUACAUUGCUGCAUCAGCAAACUCUGAAGAAUUUGACAGCUUGUUAUGCACAGGCCAGGACGUCGGUACUGCUGGUUUGACUAUACCACAGCAACAACCGGUAGCACCAACAGUGACGACAACAACAACCGCAAAUGUCAGACCAUCUCUUGUCGAAGGUGCCUCCAAUCUUAUCUUGGAAGGUAGGACAUGGGCAAUUGGCGAAGAGAGCAGCAUGUUAGCUAAUGCAAAUAAACUUCCCCAAUCAAUGCGCAAAGGAUUACAAGGCAAGGAGCAAGUAGCGAUGAGUGAGCUGACGGUACAAACAGCUUAUCUUCCAAGACGCUUUCUUGUUCUUACCAACAUGGGAUUGAGUGUAAUAGCAAAACAGCGUCCAGUCGACGUUUUGAGAAACAUCCUCGAAUCAAGCAGCACUAGUAGCAGAGAUCAAGAAAUUGUCUCCUUCUUCAACAAUUUCGGUAAAGAUCAGUCAUGUGCAAUGGCAUUGGCGAUUGCUGCUGGUAACCCAAUUGCUCUGUCGAUGGGUGAGGACCUCUAUCCGGCUGGAUCAAAUAUCGCAACUGAGCCUGCUCCUCCUGCAACUCUCUCCGCCGAUAUCACUCAGAGUGCCAGAAGACUCUUUUAUGACUUUGGCGGUAGGCCUGUCUCCAUUGAUAGAGGAUACCCAGCUGCGGCUACGAGUAUGAAUUUAGAUGCUCUCUCUACAAAUACUGAAAUAUUGUUUAGUGGUCGUCACAACGGAUUGGUUCUCUACCUCUCACGCCUCUUGCGUCCAAUAUGGAAGGAGAAGGUGACCAAGUUAUCCCCAACCAAUUUCAACCUUCGUCGCCAAAUUAGUAACAUCUCAGAUACGCUUUUGUCCAAUGCGCAGAGGAAUAUAGCAGAUUUACAAGUUUUCUUAAAAAGCAAUCAGCAAUUAUUCGCAACGACAGCAGGCGACUCACGCGAUCGCACUGAUCAGUCCGCAUGGAAAGCUGAGCAUGCGUCUUUGAUUGGUAUUGAUCAUCUUAUAAAGCAGUGCAUCGAAGGCAUAUCCUUCAUUCUACUGCUUAUCGACUAUAACCUCUCGGAAACGCUUUCACACUGUGAACAAAAUCUUCAAGAGCAGUUCCUUAAUCUGACAUACGUCGAUUUGUUGACAACAAACCACGGCCGGGAUAUCGCAAGAAAUGUCGUAAAUGAAGUAAUUAAUCAGCAAAUUUCGAAACAAAUCUCAAUCGACGCUAUCUCCGAAAUUCUUCAACAACGUUGCGGAUCUUUCUGUUCAGCAGACGAUGUCUUGCUGUAUAAAGCCAUCGAGAAUGUUAGAAAAGCACACGAAACAAGAGAUAAAGCUGAGCGUGGUACCAUUUUAAGAGAGAGUUUGAGAUUGUUUGGAAAGGCAGCCAGAAAUUUAUCCAUCGAGAAGCUCAAAGAGGUUAUCACGGAGUAUAGACUGUUAGAAUUUGCAUCUGGAGCUAUAGAUUUGUCGCUCAUCUGCGCAAGAGAGUGGGACGCAGCGGAGUUAGGAUUACAAUUCUGGAAUGAGGGCAGAAGUGUUUAUUUCCAACCUAACAGUAAACUGGAAGUCCCUAUCGAGGUGCACAAUGAUACUAGAGUACAUGCAUACAAGCGCCGUCAGAGCUGUUACGAGUGCAUUUUCGAAACACUUGCCGAGGCUAAGGACAAGGUGGAGCAGGCAGUGUCGAAACAUGAAAGAGUGGAAGAGGUCGAGCAGUACCGUCGCAAUGCGUUUAGACGUGCGAUAGAAUCAUAUGACGCUGUUUUCCACUCUUGUUUUUAUGAUUGGUUGGUUUCUCAGGGUCUGACUGAUCUCCUGCUAGACAUACAGUCGCCAUAUCUCGAACAACAUCUCAUGAGAGACCCACUCACACUCGAGAAAUGCGAGCUGCUUUGGCAGUUUUACGUGCGCAGGUCGCGUUUCUACGAUGCAGCCAGAGUUUUAGCAUCUCUGGCAGAUUCUGUCGAGUUCCCCUUAUCUUUAUCGAGACGUCUCGAGUACCUCUCACUCGCACUUUCGAAUGCAAAAUCACAACGUCAUCCCGCUUCUGCGUCUGAUAUUGGUGAUGUAGAGUUCAUGACCAACCUCGAGGAAAAGAUUGAGGUUGCACAAGUACAGGUGGAGAUCUACCGUGCAGUGAAGGAACACACGGAAGUUGCGCCCGACGCCAAGCAAAAUAUGCAACAAAUGCUCGAACAGCGUUUGUAUAAUGUCAGUGAGCUUUUCAGAGAGUUCGCUGAACCACUAGCUUUGCUUGAGGUGCAGCUACUUAUUUUCCACAUUGCUGAUUUCUACGACCCUAGUCUGAUAGCGCAGACAUGGGAAGUGUUAGUGGAACACACUCACUAUUUAAAUGUGGAGCUGCAGCCUGAUGAGCGAUUUGAUGCUGUUGCUGGGGUAGUGUACUCACUCGCGCGUCGUUUCUACCCAUCCAAGAUAUCAUUCCCGUUAGACACCGUCAUAAACAUCCUCGAGCAGUACAGCUAUGAGCAUGGCGUGAAGAAGGCUGGUUGGGUACCUACGACGCUCAACGACGCAGGCGUACCAUAUGCAGCUAUUUAUGAAGUUAUGGAUACGAUGCUCGAGUCUCAAAUACCUCCAUGGCAGACACAAAACGCUAUCGUGUUUCUCGUUGCUGAUGUCGUCGUUAUGGUGGAGGCUUGGCUGAGGUCGCACACACUCAACUUCGCCACCGGUCAGGGCGCCCUGCCCAUCCGCAGAGUCGAUGAAAGCGUCUCGGAAUAUCUCGCUCUCCUUUCAAGUGCUCCCUAUGCUAAUAUCUCCGCACCUAUCGAUGUCAAAGAGAUCAGAGAGCAACUGAGCCAACUUCAGCUAUACUUGCGCUCCAAGUUUUAG